AUGCGUAUAUCCGUCGGUGCUCUGCUUGGCUUGACAGCCCUGAGCCAUGCCACGCCAGAGAAACGAGCCGGAUCUGCGUCUGCGUAUUGUUCCAACUCGGCCGGCAACUACAAGCUGUCCUCCAUAGCAGCUCCGGUCCAAGGUGCAGGAAAUCCCGGCUCUGAAUCAACCUGGCAAUUGACCGUUGACGACACCUCGUCCGGUCACAAACAGACAAUUGUUGGGUUCGGUGCUGCCGUCACCGAUGCCACGGUGACCUCGUUCAACACCCUGUCUGCCUCGGUGCUGCAGGACCUGCUCAAUAAAUUGAUGACAUCUGCCGGCGCGAACUUUGCUUUGAUGCGACACACCAUUGGGGCGUCCGAUCUGUCCGGUGAUCCCGCCUACACGUAUGAUGACAAUGGCGGCAAGGCGGAUCCGUCGCUGUCAGGAUUCAAUCUGGGCGACCGAGGAACGGCCAUGGCCAAGAUGCUGGCCACAAUGAAGUCUUUGCAGCCCAGUCUCAAGAUCCUCGGCUCUCCUUGGAGUGCGCCAGGAUGGAUGAAGCUGAACGGGGUCAUCGAUGGCAAUACGAACAACAACAACUUGAAUGAUGGAUACCUGACCAGUGGUGGAACCGGUAGUACGGGCUAUGCCAGUCAAUUCGCGCAGUACUUUGUCAAGUACAUCCAAGCCUAUAAGAAUCUGGGUGCUCCUGUCGACGCGAUUACCAUCCAGAACGAGCCACUGUUCAGUUCGGCCGGCUAUCCCACCAUGUAUGUCUAUGACUAUGAGUCGGCACAGCUGAUCCAAAAUUAUAUUGGCCCAGCUCUUGCCAGCGCCGGUCUCAAUACCGAAAUCUGGGCUUAUGACCACAACACAGAUGUCCCAUCGUAUCCUCAGACUGUCCUUAACCAGGCCGGACAGUACGUCAAGUCGGUCGCCUGGCACUGCUACGCUCCCAACGUUGACUGGACAGUGCUAAGCCAGUUCCACAACACGAACCCCGGAGUAAAGCAAUACAUGACCGAGUGCUGGACUCCAGCAUCUGGCUCAUGGAAUCAAGCAGCUGACUUCACCAUGGGUCCCCUGCAGAACUGGGCCUCGGGAGUUGCAGCCUGGACUCUGGGAACCAACGCCCAGGAUGGCCCGCAUCUGUCCACUGGCGGCUGCGCAACAUGUCAAGGCUUGGUGACCAUCAACAAUGGAGGCUACACGCUCAACACUGCAUACUAUAUGAUGGCGCAAUUCAGCAAGUUUAUGCCCCCUGGUGCGAUUGUGCUCAAUGGCAGUGGCAGCUACACAUAUUCUGGCAGUGGCGGUAUCCAGUCCGUGGCUUCGUUGAACCCCGAUGGAACCCGCACCGUGGUCAUUGAAAACACUUUUAGCAAUGAUGUCUACGUGACUGUCACUAUGAAGAGCGGGCCGAAGUGGAGCGGGAACGUUCCUAGCCAAUCCGUGACUACCUGGGUUCUCCCGGCUGCUUGA